AUGAGUUUGCCCAGCGGUGUGGACAUGACAGCUGCUCUCAUGUCGCAGCAUCCCGCCGUACUCGGAGGCCUGUCGCCCGCGUUCUUCUUGCAGCGCGCGUCCGAACGGUACCAGCGGACGCCCAAGUGCGCCCGGUGCAGGAACCACGGGGUCGUGUCCGCCCUGAAGGUGAGUCGCCGUUUGAAUCGAGCGCAGUUUGUUUAUUUAUAGUCAUUAAGAUUGCCGUCGUCGUGAAACCUAUUAUCUAUUUUGGUAUUACACCAUUGUUUACCGUACGCGUUCACGGCCGGCGUUCCGUUAACCGGGGAUUCCGUACGUAGCGCGGUCCGGAACGAGACGAUAAUAGUCGAUCCCGGAGAUUUUAUAUUUUAUUAAUUCAUAUUUCCGGGUGGCUCGGGUCGAAAAGGGCUCACUUUUCAAUCGAUCUCGCGAAACCAAGAACAAAACACCGUUUCCGGGCCCUUUUCGACAAUGUUGCGUUAGUAAUUUAUCCGACCACUUAAUUUUGGUCUUCUCAAAUCUUCACGGUGAUGAUUAUUGAGAUGCGCGCCCCCGUGGAAAAAGCGCGUCGAAUUUUAUACGAAUGGCCGUACAACGCGUUUUCACCAGAAUGUGACCAUUGGCCCUUUUUGAACCCAAGCUCCGGAUUUUCAUCGGCGGUACAAACACAGCCGGCUCGAAAAUACCUAACGACGAUUUAUAUUAUUGUUAUUAUUUUUUUAUUAGUUGUCAAUUCGUUUAGAAUAGUAUUUAAUGAGUAUCGCAAAUCCAAAAACGUUUUUUUUGUUUAACUCGCGCGUGAGUUAUCAAUCAUUAAAUACUGCAGUUCGCGACGUGGGUUAACGCCGUUACCUACUGCUCAACUGCAUCGCGAUAAUAUUGUAAAAUAUUAUGAUGUACACGUAGACGAAGAUGAUUUUAGUUGAAUUCCCGAAUCCCGAUUCACUAUUUCGAUCCAGAAUGCAAACCUAAAUAUUAAGUUGUAUAUUUUUGCCAAAGUCUAAACAUUUACUUAGAUUAUCGGUAUACGUCAACGGACAAGUUCAUCUGGACACCAAUCCCGUAUAACUAUACUCCUUAUGGAAUCUGAGUUAGAACACUGGUUUAGAAAUCGAGUGAUAUGCGACAACGACAUCCGUGCCGUCACGGGCGGAUUUAGAUAUUACGGCGCGGGGUUGAAUCCAGACAAUUUGUUCGGGGGGAGGAGGCAUUAAUAAAAAUUAUAGUAAAGAUUAAUGAUUUUUUUUUUUUUUUUUUUAUCCGCUCUCUUAGUCAAAAUGUCAAAAUUGGUUUAUUAUUUAAUUAAUUCGUCCACAUUUAACAUGGGGGGAGGUGAACGAAAUUCCAGGGGUGGGGCUACCCCCGGUCAUAUACUUGGAUUCAACACUGAUUACGUGGUGUUCCGCGGGUGGAAUUUAUUGCGGGAGCCCAAAAUAAAUAAACGGGUUGAUAAAUAUUUUGUUGAUUUUCUGUUAGGUUACUUAGUAAAUCGAAUAUAAAAAAAAACAUUUAAAUCGGGUAAAACGUGACGCACGGAGUUUAUAAAUAUAAAUCGCCUGGACAUUAUAAUAUAGUUUAAUUCGUCGUCCGUCGUUUACCCCCGUGUUCCCGAUGCCAGCCCGUUUGUGUGUAUUUAGAUAAACGUCACUCAGUUUGAAGGCAUUCAAUACUAUUGAUAAGAUAUUGAUGGCGUUUGCGGACAGCACGUAAACCUUUCUUGUCUCGCGUUUAGAACACCGCUCGUUUAUUUGACCUCGUAUUUCAUAGCGCGUUACUACAAUAAUAGAUAAAAUACGACCUCCUCCUCCCCACCACCCCAAAAAAAAAAAACUUUAAUGUUUGUUUAAAGAAAAUUCGACUUGAAAUAGAAAUUUCCGUAUUUUAUAUAUUUUAAAAUUUAAUAAAUAUAUAAAUAUAUUAUUUUUUUUUUUUUGUGCGUAUCAAUAACCGUUAAAUAUUUACGAAACUACGGAGGCCCCUGGGCUGCAGCCUAUUCAGCCUCCCCUCUGCCCUCUGCGUGCCGUUAUUGUCGUUGUACACUUUGUCGCCAUUAUAUACGAUCAUGUAGUUUUGUCGUAACAUAAGUGUAUUACACUGACGACGUUUACGUUUUCGUGGAUUCAAAUGUUGUUUGUCGACUAGGUAAAUCGCCGUUUCCGAAUGCGUAUUUUUACGGUGAAUUUUUUUUUUUUUUCUUCGUUUUUUCGCUACGAAUAUUUAAACUGUGACGCCGAGCGGGUGGGCGGGCAAAUGCAGGCUAAGCGGUAUCUGAUGUAUUAUAACCUGUACACGCAUAUCAAAUCAUACGUGUAUUUUAAUAACGCAAUAUUAUUAGAUUAGUUUGGGACUUUGGAUUGUAUAUAACCGUGAGGAUGCAUAUUCUAAUAAUGUGGGUCUAUACGGUGGACGUGUUGAUAUUUAUUUAUUAUAAAAAAAAAAAAAAAAAAUGUAUAUUUUCCAUAAGUAGUUCGGACGUCUCCAACGCAAAAUGUACAAAUCGCUAAAUGCAGAAAGGGCACACGAUUUUCAAAUUGUUCAAGAAAGACGAAAGUACUUAAUAUCCACGAAAAAAUGUGUAAAACAAAUGGCAUUUUAAUAACUAAUAUGCUAUAGGAGUUAGAUAUCGUCUAUACGUUUCAAUCCGGUCACGAACAAAUUAUAAAACUCUAGGUGCUUAAGGAAUUUUCCGUCUCUAUUGGGAAAUUUUAAAAUUUCAACAUGUGCCCGAUGGCUGCAUCCAGGGGCCUCGUCAGCCACUCAGAUUACUAAAGACUAUACACACAAUUUUUUACUUCCACCAAUAAUUACUAUUUAACGUUAAGUAAAUAAUUUAACUAUUUAAGUUAGCAAUGGCUCAUCAGCGGUUUUUAUACAGACAUAAAUUAAAUAACCUUAUGAAUUCUACCUUCUCAACUUUCCACCUGCAACAAUGGCUCUGCACCCAUUCCCUCUUUUUUUUUGCUAAGUAGUAAUUCGUUAAUAAUACCCACCGCGGUGUUUAUAUAUUUCAAACCAAUUUCCAAAAUUUUGAGCAUAAUUCAGUAAAGUCCGGUUAACAAUAUUCGGCCACCCGAAUUAAAUUUGUUUUAUAUAUUCCAUGGAGUAGUUUUAGAAAAAAAAAAUUUUCAAAUUGAUUGUCCACCGUUAUGCAAUUUAUUAAAAUAUACAGAUUGAUUUUGUCACUUUACUUCAACAAAACCGCGGUUUUUAUCCUCGAAUUGGCUAGCCGAACGAUCCGAAAAUAAACGUUUUUAUACGAUGGCGACGACGACAUUAAACACGGUUUGAUUUUGAAUCGUUUUGAAACUAAAACUCACCCUUGACAUAAAUGUUAAAACCGCUUAAAAAAAAAAUAGAAAAAAAAAAAAAAAACGUUAAACCGUUUCAAAAUUAAAAACGUUUAAAAAUAAGUUUAUCAAGUGAGCAUAGUACCUAAAUUAUUUUAAACGCUUUUUUGAAACUUAACCGACCGUCCGAACAGCUAAAACCCUAUCCGCUUGUCAGUUUAGUUCGUCUGUUCGUCGCACGGUCAAUUAAUAAAAUCUAAUUUUUAUUCCAUUUUAACGAGUCAACAAAUAUAUUUAAUCGGUUUACAAAAUGUUCACUUAAACGCGAUUUAGUGUAAUAUAAUCGAAGAAUGUGGGUGUAUAAUAGUCGCUAUCAUUCGGUAUAAAAUAUUGUUUUAAAAGUUAUUUGAUUAGUAAUUGUAAAUUAAUAUUUUAUAACACAAUAAUAAUGUUACACAGUUAAUACUAAUUUAAUAUUAUUAUAAAAAUUUCUAUUAAAAAUCGCUAUUAAAGAUUUAUUUCAACUGAAUGGAAUUACGUAUAAUACGCAUUAGCAACCGCACUAAUUACUUAUAUUACAAUAUAUAAAUUAUAACUUUUGUUAUGUCAUAAUAAACUUAUUCAAAACACAAAAGUGAACAGUAACAAUAGUUACGAAAAACAAAGAACCACGUAAUUUUUUUUUCUCUUAUUGGUAAUUUAUAUUCAGUUGACACCGAUGGGUGACGACGGCGCACAGUAGCUUUUUCAUCCGUUUCAAAUUACCGCUUUUAACUUGUUAAGUUCAUUGAAUCAAUGCACGUUUUACAUAAAACGUCAAUUUAUACGAUUUAUAAAAAUUAAUUUACACAAAUAUCGUGUUUAAAAUGGCAUUAUUUUGUAUUUUGUAUUUUGUAUUUUGUAUUUUGUAUUUUUUUUGAAAGUUUACUUGUGCGUACUUUUACCGAGACGUGUACAUUUACGUCCUACUCAUAUUGUCACGUUGUUCAGGCGUAAUGGAUUUAAAACGUUUAAUUUAAAUGUUCGCGAACGGCGGAACAGUACGCGGGGUCCGGUGCCGGCGACACUAAUUGUUUAAAAACUGGCGCGUCCUUGGGUUUGAGAUAUCGCGCGAUAAACAUGCCGUGUUCAGACAUCGGUUAUCAUGCCGGCAAUAACGUGAAACCGUCACGAGCACGCGGCCACGGGCGAUACGCGCAAUAGUACGUGUGUACGGUUGCAAUAUUCGAUAAAAUUCUCCGGGCGCUCUCACUACGCGUGUACCGCCGCGUAAAUAACCGCAUACAACUGCACCGUCUACACGUUUUCAGCGGACUACGUUACGCCGUUGAACCGCAAUCGUAAUAUUAGGCACACUGUCGCUGGUUUCGAUGCUCGCCGAUUAUUGAACGUGCUGCACGCACGCCCCUGCAAAACGUACGUUCGCAUCGCUUGUUUGAUUGUUAGCGAAACAAACGUAGUCAACACGCGCAAUACAGCCAAGACUUACACGCCGAGCAGUCCAACAAUAUACCGUGAUAUUAAUAAAAUUAACAUUGCGUCACCGUGUACGCGCAUACACCGAACUCCGAAUUAACGGCUGUACACAUUAUAUUAUAUUAUUAUUCCACGUACUUAAGUUUCGGGUGGCUAUGUUCACUUUUAGAUUCUGGUCGGAGCGAGACACGUAUUGGUUUUACAAUGAUAUUUAUUAUUUUAUUUUUUAUUUUUUAUUUUUUUUUUUCAUACGAAAUGUAUUAGUCAAAUGUUACGGCUUUUUUUUCUUUCUCGCGGACAAAUUUUCUACCAGCGAUUUCGCUCCGAUUUUCAUUUAUAGCACUUUUUCUGAACGGAAAUCUGACCGGCGCGGUACCAGUUUUCCCAGUUGUUUUCGUAACAAAUGAGAAAAACCGGGGGAAAUCGGUACAAAAAAAUAUUAAAGAAAAUAUACAACGCACACGUUGACCGUAACAAUACGACAUGGGUUUAUAUAUAUAUUGUUGACGAAGCGACACUAUUAAUCGAACUGCGCUCAGGAUCGUUUUUCGUCUGCGACGGUUAAUCGCCGCGCACGGAUAUACACGUUACAUUAUUUGCCCUCCACCCCCUCUCCUAACUUCUCACCCCGCCACAUUGGUGCGCCACCCUGCCGCGUCCGUUUGUUCUUAAACAAUCGCGGUACUAUAUGCGUAUGAUUUAUAACCGCAGCCAUUGUAAUUGUUUCCGUCGCCUUAUACACAGGGUCACAAACGGUACUGCCGCUGGAGAGAUUGCGCGUGUGCGAAAUGCACGUUGAUAGCGGAAAGACAGAGGGUCAUGGCCGCCCAAGUAGCACUGAGACGGCAACAAGCCCAAGAGGAAAACGAGGCCAGAGAACUCGGUUUGAUUUAUCCGCCGCCGUCGUCGUCCUCUUCAGCCGCCGCCCGGUCAAGUCCAGGUAAAUUCGACAUAAAUAUUACUAUUUUACUGUUCCGGUCGCGUGUAUUUCACCGUCGAAUCGGUUUCCGGGUGCAUUGUCCACCGCACGCAAUAAUAAUUCCGUUUGUUGAACUAUCAUUUCAACUCGGUUAUGUUCGCUGUUUGUCGGGCGCAGGCGCCCACGGAGUUACCUGCGAAACAAUAUAGUGAUAUAUUGCGCCGCGCGUUCUGACGCAAUGCCGGGCGAGUCAUGAAGGUUUUUUUUUCAGCUCUGUUGGGUCGAGUUACAUUUAAAUUCGAUUAAAACUAAAUUAUUCGAAAUGAUCCAUCAAUUCAGUUAAAUUAGAAGUGGAAUUCGACUUUUUAACUCGAGUUAAGUUAAUUCGAAAAAAAAAAAAAAAUAAAAAUAUAGAUGCAUGUCGUCUAUUAGUAGUUGGCCUGCCGUAAUGGACUGAUAAUCUACCUACGACCCCCCAACCGGCGACAACAGUAAACAAAUAACAGGCGUUCAUAACAAUUAUUUUAUUUUUUCAAAUGUUCAUAAUAUAUUGGAUAGUAAUAGUAUUAUUGAUGACAAUUUUAUAUGUAUUUGUGUGAGCGCGCAAAUAAAAAUUGAAAUCGAUAUAACUCGUUUAAAUAUAAAAUUAACUCUAAUCAAUCAAAAGUCAAAUGUUUUGCGUUCCUCGAGUUAACGGUUAAGUGAAUAAUUCGAAAAAAAAAAAAUCGAUCAAGUUAAAAAGUUAAAUUAACUUGACUUUUUAAACCUAUUAACUCGUCAAUGCCCAGCCUUGUUAUGAAGUACUUUCAACGUUUAAAAAUUGUUGUUAUAACUCGCGAGCUGAAUAUGAAUCGAGUUGACUCCAGCAACAAAUACGAUAAUACACACCAACAACCGACCACGGUAUACGGUCAUCGACAGUUUAAAACGUAAAUAAUGAAAACAAUAUUCGGGUUGUGUGCAUUUAUUUAUAGGAGUACAAAAUAGUUUCGCUUUCGUGACGUCAAAGCGUACGUUAUUAUUCAUCUGAGAAAACUCCCAACAUCCGACACAAGGGAUGUUUAGAAAAAGUAAUUAUUUCUCGGUUUUUUUUUUUUUUACCCGGUAAUAGUAUGUUAUCGUGAAACGGCGCGUUUAGUUAAAUUCGAUUUUGGUUUUAUUCGAUCGUUACGGAAUAUGGAAUCGUCAACGAUCUUAUCUACAAUAUUACCGUCAACACUUCACCCUGCUUUCCAUAAGCGUUUCCGAAUAGCCCCUCGGCCGUGAAAUUCGCACGGGACGGCCCGAGAAAAUCGCGCGGGGCGUCAAUAGGGUAAUUAUUGUCAUCGGCCGGUGUCCCGCAGCAAUGCGCCUGCAACACCGAAACCCGAAGAAAUCGACGACAUUACCGGCGAAUUCGUUGCGAGCGACCGCGGUGAGCGUGUUCCCCACGAAAUAUCGGAAUCGGAUGCGAAAUGUUUCGGUUUCGCCGGUCACCGCCGGUCACACAAAUCGGUCACGAAACUGCGCGGGCCGCCCCGGACGGUCGGCGACUUUUCGCCGUACCCGCCGCGGGACUGUUAUUUCCCGCCGUCGGCCGCGCGUAAUUAGCGUGCCCCGGCUAUCCCGCGUUACCAUUCCGCGGCGACAGACGAGCGGGCAAGUCGUCCGUACAAACGAUCGGCGCCGCCGUCGGUUCGUGACCGCGUCGUCUGCGCGUGUAACGCCACAGCGGUGUGCCGUACGCAGGGACGACGGCGACGGGAACCCGGGCACAGCCCCUCUGCGGUUUACGACCGUGACGCGCGGCACGCGAAUAUUAUACACAUAAUAACCGCGCGCGCACUGUAUAUUAUAUUAUACCGUACACCACAAGUAACAUUAUCCGAAUUCCUCUUUUAUUGCCGCAGAAUUCUUCGGUGACCCCGAUCGCCUUGCGUUAUUGUAUAAUAUAAGUAUCGUGCGUAUAUAUAUAUAUAUACACUAUAUAUACAUUCGCGUGUAGGAUCGCGAACGUCGUCGCCGACGCACGACCCCUAAUCGUCUCUUCGAAAUGUUCCGGGGCACGCGAGACGGUGUAUGCCGGCGCGCGUGUGACGCGCGUUCAAACGUUAUGCGUACCGGGUGUACGGUACGUUCGUCCGUAAGCGCGUUUCUUAUUUAAGAGCCGCGGCGCGCACACGACGCACCGUGCGAGCGGCGAUGCGUACGCGCGUACGAUCGCGACGACGGCCGCCGCCCGAGGGGUCAUUACGUUUUCAUUACGUUUUUUUUUUUUUUUUUUUUUUUGUGUACGAAACAACGGUCGCGCGACUCGCGGGGCGAAACGCGGCCACCAAUUAACCUCCGGCUCCGCAUUAUUUAUACAACGGCGUACGCUGUCCUCCUAACGACCGACUUUAAACUUUUUGUGGAACAGAUAACGCGCGCGUCAUUGUGCGUACCCCGCGCGGAGACGCGGUUUCGUACGCACAAUGUUAUCGUAAUAUUUAACAGCGGGCGCAAGAAGUUUAAACGCGCCCGGGCCGCCGGGCGGGCGGCAGGGCGGGAGCGUCCGUAAAAAGAGCGCGGUAAUGCAAUUAAUAUUACGAAAUACAAUAUGGCCGCGCGUAAUCGCUUUUAAAGAAUCGGAACGCGGUCCGCGUAUAAUAAUAAUAUCGCCGUAAUUUGCGCUGAAGAUAAAACAAUACAAUAAUAUCGUUCGAGAUCCCCGGGCGCCACUCGGUCCCCGCCGUUGUAUUAUUAUCAUUAUUAUUAUUAUUAUUAUUAUUAUUAUUAUUGUUAUUACGUUUAGAUGAUAUACCCAAUGUAUCGCGAGAUAGUCGUAUUUCUUUUUCCGCCACUGCGCGGCCUCGGAGAGACAGAGAGACACAGAUAGAGAAAACCGUAUAUACGUGUUUAAACAAAAGACGAGGAAACGAUAUAUAAUAAUAUACGAGAGCAUUACCUUGAGGGGUUCGAAUACACAAAGGGUGGCGUUACGGUUUUUUUUUUUUUUUUUUUUUCAUACCAAAAGAGCAGUUAGUUAGGGUUAAAAAUAUCGCAGUUUAAUGGGUGUGCGUGCGGCUGUAUAUAAUUAUAAUAUACCGCGCAGCUAAAAAUAUAUAUAUUUACACGUGCGCUUUAACACACACGCACACACACACUGUAUCUCUUCAAAAUGAAUACUAUACAAAUUUACAUUGUCGUACGGGAAUUAUUACACGGAGUGUACUCGAAUACAGCACCCGCCUAUUCGCAACCUGCAUGUUGCAAUUAGAAUCGGUCAUCUCGGGGGCGCAAAUGGGUUAGGUCGGACGCAUUCCGUUACGAAACCGUUCGUUAUAUUAUUUUUACUUCGCCUUGUCUAAUUAUAUAAGCUCGCGAUGUUUUAUAACUCUCACAAAGUUUCAACGGGCGGGCGCACACUUCGCCGCCGCGGCCUUUGCUUGGAAAAGUUUUCUUUUCACUCGUAAAUAACAUGCUCGCGCGCACGCGGAUCGCGCGAUACAUUCGCGAACGGACAUUUUAUUAUUUCAAUGAAAUUCUGUUUAUCAACCGCGAUGUACAGCCGCAAAAUCUGAACAAACAAAAACAAAAAAAGAAGUGUAUACGUUAUAAUAAAGUUGUACGCGAACAAUUUUAUCUAUAUCUAGUUACACUUUUUAUUUUUAUUUUUAAUUAUUCAACAACUUGUCUCUUUCUCCGAAAACUUCCAACAUAGGUACGUCGUUAUAUUAAUAUAUAAUACGGUACUUGUAUUUUAUUUUUUUUUUUCUGUUAUUGCACGCUUUUUCAAACAAUAACUUUAACUUAUAGUUAAUUAUAUACGAUUUAAUAUUAUGAUGACGAAAGACCGUACUAAAAAUAAUACUUUCGGACCGUCUAGCAUCGUGCGUUUUACUCACAAAAAUAUACGCGUAAAUAACAAAAUAAUAAUAUAGUAAAAAAAAAUGUUACUGACGAUAGUUAUACGGUAUAAUAUUAUAAUUUUAUUUCGGAUGUGGAAGUUUUGUGAAACGUUAAAAUAAAAAAAAAAUAAUUUAUAAAGCGCCAAAACUUUAGAUCAGUUAAAUCAGUUAGUUGGCAAAGUCUGAUUAAACGCAAUGCUUUGAUAAAUUAAAAUUUAAAAUUUAAAAUUGUGUUUAAUUUGUCGCUGCACGUUUUUCAAUGGACAAUGUUGUCCGCGCGUUUAACGAAUUUCAACGUACGUUUGAUAUUAUAAGGCCGAUAAAAAAAACAAAUUCUUAAAAAAAUUUGCACACAGAACGCAAAAAAACUGGCUAACUACAACUGACCGAAAUAACGUCCGGAUAUGUUUCGAAAACUGUAUCACGUCUACAUAACGUUAAAUGGACUUACCCGCCCCCUCUUUUUUGUAUAAUUAUGUAUACAUUACAAACAGUGAUAUUAUCCACAAAUAUCGAUAUUUGUGAUGUUAGUGAUAUUUUUUAGCGGUCAAGUUCAUAUGUUUUCCGGUGUUAACAGUUUCUUCUUUUUACGGGAUAUGUUUUUCCCCUGACCCAUUCUGCUGAUAAUUGCCUUAGUCGAUUUCCCGUCUUCUGCUAUCUUCGUGUCUGGAAUUAUUUUACUUUUUUUUUUAUUAUCGUACUGUGGUAUUUUAACUUGACCUUCUUUUUAUUAUAGGGACGCAAUUGGUACAUACAUGACGAUCAAUCUGUCGUAAGACACUCGUUAUCUCGGAAAGUAUUUACUUUUUCCGGAAUUUGUUCUCUAGAAUAAUUAAAAAAACGAGUCGCUCUACAAUUUUUAUAUUUCCGUUAUAUUUCGUCACACUUGUUUUCCGGGGUAAAACCACUUCCUACUUUUGAUUUUCAAAUGGCGACUUGUAUUAAACAUUCCGCAAAUAGACGAGAUAUUAGUUAAAAUAAAUGUUGGUGUUGAAAUUGUUGAUUUCCGUCAGUCCGUUGACGAGAUAUUCCACUUUUAUGAUUAGGUCGGAGAAGAGCGGUGGUGCGUAUUUAACACCGGCGCGCGGCGUAUUGCCGCACAAACGAUACUCCACUACUCUCCUCGUCCGACCCGAACUUGAAAGCGAAAUAUCUCUGACGGAAAUCAAAAAUGAAAAUUUAUUUUAAAAAACACUGCGUUUAUUUACGGGAUUUUUUUUCGUACAGGUCGCCGUUUGAAAAUCGAAAGUAUGUGGUGAGCGGUUUCUCUCUCCCCCUCCCCCCCCCAAAAAAAAGCGCCAAAAUAUAACGGAAAUGCAAAAACUGUGGAGCGACCGGUGUCUUAAAUAUGCCGGGAAAAGUACGUAAACGCUUUCCGGCACAACGAGCGCGCGAAUGGGACCGUCCGGUAACGCUUUUCCCGGUACGGAAUCCGGUAUACAAAAGAAAAAUAUAUACAUAAAAAACAAAAAAAAAAAAAAGGUUAAAACCGUACGCGAAUCGUUAUUUCAAUAUAAUAACAAUGCGCGGUUGCGAUGUUUGUGAAUGCGGUUGCCGGGGCGCGUUACGCUAUCUCGUUGCGCAUUACGCGGCGCGGUUUCGGGGCAACGCCGCGCGUAAACCGCGCUCGAGUGUCCACUCCGGGCGCGCCUUUAAUCCGCCGGCGGCGUGCCGUGCCGGUGCACUACGGCCACGCACGCGCGCCGCAUACGAGGAGCGCACUAUUGUUAUUAUCACUUGUUAUUACCGUUAUCAGUGUGGGUAUUUCGCGAUCUCUGAAAACAAUACGCGAAAUAUCAUAUUGUUACGCGCGCGUGUACCUAACCGCGAUUAACCGCGGGCGUGGGGAGUGGGAGGGGGGGGGNGGGGGGGGGGGGGGGGGGGGGGGGGGGGGGGGUUAGGUAUAUACGACGUGCUUACGCGCGUGUUUAAACGUUUCGAUGAUAAUAACGAAAUCCGGGCGAUUUUUUUUUUUUUUUUAUAAACGGAGAUUGUUGUUCCGCACUCUCGCCGUCUCCGCCCGCGCGUGGUGGUGAGGCGGCGCGCGUGCACGCACAACGUUUUUUUACGCGGAGGGGCGGUUGUCGCGGGCUUAAGAGCGACCGUCGUGCUAGACUUUUUUUGCUCUCUCUCUCUCCGCCCCCUCAUCCGCAUGUUUUUUUUUAAGCCGCAGCUCGCUCGCUCUCCCGCUCACCCUCGUCAAUAUGUUAUUAUUUUUUCAGCCGUAAAAAAAUAAUUGCCGCAUUUUAUAGCCUAUAAAUAUCGUACCGCGCGCCGCACUCGAAUAUAUCUUCGCCGCCGAACAUAUUAUUGUAAAAAACCGAUUUUUUCUCUCUCUCACUCCGCGGCCUCCGCCGCCGCCGCCGCCGUAAUUGUAUAACGCGCGGCAUGCGAUAUUACACUUGUAAAUUAUUAUUGUGUGUUCGCAAGCGUGGAACGAUACGGUAUUUAUUAUUAUUAGAAUGAUUUUUUACCGUCCGCCCGUUGCGCCCGGUACGCGCGUCGCACACUUGUGUUAUAACGUCGUGCCGAACGAGUGAUGCCGGGCGCGCGGUUGGCGGUAUCGAUUCGCGCGAUUUUAUCGUUAUUAUUACAUUAAUAAUAUUAUUAAUAAUAAUAAUAAUAAUAAUAAUAAUAAUAAUAUUGUACACGCGACGUUUGUCUGUAAUUAUAUCGGCCGCGCGCCGACGUUAUUGCGCGUGAUCAUUACGCGUGCGCGUGCCCCGCGCUCAAACGUACGGCGUGGAGGGGGGCAGGAGCGGGGCGGGAGCGAUUAUUUAUUUUUCCCGAAAGAGGUCGAAUCAUUACGGUACGGGCCGCGUACCUGCGUCGCACAAUCGGAACGCGCGCCGGCACGGGCGCGUUGUUCGCGAGACGACCGUCCGGGGGGGGGAGGGGGCGGCUGGGAAACGGAUAAAUAACAAUUACAUAGUUUGUAGUUGCGUCGCGCACGUCGACGGCGGCGGCUAAAGGGUUGAGUUGUCGGGUUGACGUUGGAUUUUCUCCGAAACGCGAGUCCGCGGGUUUGUCGAUUCGGUUUGUUUUUUCUAAUUUUUCGGCGACACCACCCUCGCAUCCAGCGGCGCAGUCGGCAUGUCAGUUUCCCGGCGUACGCCGCGACGCAUUGCGCACGCACGCGGAAAAACGGCCGACAAACGUCGCGUUCGGUUGUUUGAAACGCUGUCGGUUGUCCACGCCUCGACCGGCCGUGAUCCGGAUGCGAAAAAAGGACGGACAAACUUCGCACGGCGGGCGGGUGAGAAGUCGGCAAGGUGGUUCACGGGUCGGUGGGAUGGGGUGGGGGGAGGCGGCGGCGGCGGUGGGAUUUGAUGUAUGCCGGUUGUGCGCAACGGUUAACCACGAAAGACGGUUCCGAGCACCGGAGUUCGGUCGUACGCGACGUAUUAACAGGCCGUAAUACGUACGGGUCUCGUUAAAAUUUCAUUGUGCCGCGGUCUAGAAAAAGCGAACGGACACGUGAAUUCCGUUCGCGACUCGUACGCGCGCGCUUUCAACGGAAUUAUCCCGAACAUCGAAGUCUGAAAACGAUAACGGAAUUAUUUUCGUACAUUUUCCCGGUAUAUUUGCGUUUUUUCCCGCGCUACGGAUCACCUCGAAUAUUCCGCGAACGAUGCACGGACAAUGCCGAGUAUAAUCAUUUGUGUAUCGUUUAUCGAUCUAUAAUCGUUUGUCUAAUCGGUUUGCGCGUUCCGAUAAUUAUUUAACCUGAUCGCGUUUAUUGCGUUUUGUUAUCGUAUUUGUCGCGUUGGCCGACGCGGUUUUCACAUUCGGUUUAUUGUCACUGCGCGCGGCUAUUGUCAGUUGCGACCGUGCGGUUAAGUCGUCGUGUUUGCGCGCCGCCGUACGUGUAGCGAUGAACGCGAAAACGCCUCGCAAGUUGAAAACACUCACACCCGGAGAAAAACAAAUGGUCCUCGAUGCAGUGAAAAGCGGACGGACGAAAAAGGAUGUGGCCGACGAAUUUGGAUUGGCGUCGAGCACACUGACCACCAUAAUCAAGCACGGCAGGGAAAUCGAUUCGGACUUUCCGACGUACCGGAAGAGGAAGCGGGGCCCUGGUUUUUCAGACGUGGAAGAAUGUGUAGUCAAGUGGUUCAAGCAAUGCAGAGAUGCCGAUGUCAGUAUCGGAGGCGCUACUUUAAAGGAAAAAGCUGAACAUUUCGCAAAAUCCUUGGGCCACAAACGGUUUAAAGCCGGCAACGGGUGGCUUGACCGUUUGAAAAAACGGCACGAUAUUGCUUUUAGUAAAGCGUGCGGUGAAAGUGCAGCUGUCAGUGAUGCCGUUGUAAAUGAACGGAAAGUAAAUUUAAGUGAGCUACUGGAAGGAUACAAACCAUGCGACGUGUUCAACGCGGACGAAACUGCACUCUUUUACAAAUGCAUGCCGGAUAAAACGUCAGAGUUCAAAGGCGAGAAGUGUAGCGGCGGCGAGCUUAGCAAACAACGGCUCACGCUGUUAUUGGCCGUCAACAUGACUGGUACAGAUAAAUUGAAACCCUUAAUGAUCGGAAACAGGAAGAAACCCAAGUGCUUGGCUGGUGUCAAAUCGUUUCCCGUCGAGUACAAGGCGAACAGGAAGGCAUUUAUGACUAGCGAAUUGUUUGCGGAAUGGCUGCUACGAAUCGACAAUCAGAUGAAACAGCAAAAGCGCAACAUUUUACUGUUUAUAGACAAUCGUCCCGUUCACGAUGCCAUACCGAGUUGUCAAGCCGUGAAAGUGAAGUUUCUGCCGCCAAACGCCACUUCGAAAUCGCAUCCGCUGGGCCACGGGAUUAUCGGAACGUUCAAGACGCUCUACAGGAAGGAAAUAGUGAGGACAAUUAUCAGCGAUACGGACGACGACAGAUCUACUGUAAUCGAUAUUCUCCAAGCAAUGCGCAUUAUUGAUAAAACGUGGAGGAACGUGACGGCGUCAACAAUCGUGAACUGCUUUAGAUCGUGCGGGUUUAUGUUUGACGCCGUGGAAGACGGCACGCCGAUGCCCACAAUGGAGAAUGCCGUCGCGGACGACAGGGAAUGGGCUCUGAUAGCAGACCGUUACGGAACGGCGGUAGAAACGUUCGACGAUUUCGUUAAAAUCGACGAAGACGUCGCCGUCGCCGGCAUUCGCGAAGCGUCGUCUGAGCGCGUUACGAUGAAACAAGCAAAAGCAGCACUCACGUUGCUAAGGACAUUCGCCGAACAAUCGAGUAAUGCGGACGAUCGGGUGUACUCCGCACUACAUAUAGUUGAGAAUACUAUUGAUAAUAGCACGUGCUCCACUCAAAUUCUAAAGCGAAGUAAGAUAACAGAUAUUGUCUAUUGUGAAUCUCCCAACACUAUAUACGCGGUUUUUCAUUCAUAUUGACCAUUUAAUCGCAUCUUUUGUCGGGAUUUUAGAUUCCGAGCGGGUCGAGGGGAAUGACGUUAAUUUUUAAACAUUUUUUUUUCGCGUAAACACUUCUACCAGAAAGCCUACUCCGGUUGUCGAGCAUAGCGUCUUAUCUGAAUGGAAAUGUUCUCUGGGCGGUACUUUAGAGGGGUCAUUUUUAGAAAUUCUCAUUGACAUUCGAGGCAACGAGGAAAACAUUGUUCUUUAGGUUAAAAAGUAUUGAAAGAUUGAAAACACGGUUGUCGUUGACGACCGUUUUUAUUUGUUGUUUUUGUUAUUAUUAAGUGUGUUCAUAAUUUUAAUAUUUUUUUCAAACAAUCAUCGGUGCCAUUGAAACGCUUAUUGUUGAAAAAGCAAUACCCAACUGUAUUCAAAUAAUUUUCGACCGUAAUACAUUCUUUUAACUGUUAAUCUCUGUAUUAUGAAGAUCCGUAUGUCUCGCCUAUUUCAUUAUUUUCCCGCAAUAUGACAUAUACGUAUAUUGUAGGACAAAGCAACACUCCGCCCAGAAUCGUUUUUCCGUCAGCAAUGGUUUAUCGUUGCUUACCGGUGUACGCGAAAUUCCCUCCCCGUAUCCCACAUUCCCGACUUCCCGCCCACGAAAGCGGCUGCGCCCACGUGCGAAGUAUGUCCGUCUUUUUUAAAACCGAAUUCAGCGUUUAUUAUUAUCGCGUAGCCGAUUCUCAGGGAAUGUGAAGGGAUUUUUAUUGGCCAAUUUUAAUAUAAUAAUAACAGCAACACGCUGUAAUUGUGUGCACACAAUAUAUUAUCCUGUAUAAUAAAUGUAAACAUUUUAAUACAUACGCGCGUACCUUUCUUUAAACACUCUUUAAGUUUAAAUUUUUUUUCCUAAAACCUCGGCGAGCCGAACAGAUUCCAUUUCCGUUGGAUUUCGACUUACCGGGGUUCCGCCGUGCGUGUAUUUACAACACGAAAAUAUUCCGUUGACACACGUACCUACGGGUGUGUGCACGUAUUUGAAAAACUUCUGUAAACAGCAGUUUUUAAAACGUUUCGUAGACGCGUUGGCUCGGUAUUAUCAAUCGGGCUUGGCGUAUCGCGUGUUCGUCACGCGAGACACAAAUUGAAAUUGAAAUCGAUUUGUAAAACGGAAUUCGGCGGGAUAAACCCCCGUGCGUGUAAUGUAUAAACAAAUAUGUUAACCGCGUGUUGUCUGUCGGUCCGAUUUCAGACGAAAAAAGAGCGCGGCUCAGCUCGGAAGAACCAAUCGCGGCGAAACGCGAACAAAACUCGAUCGGCACACAAGAUCCGAACACGCGGAGCCGCUCGUCCAGCGUGUCGCCGAACGCCCCGACCCAGGUGACGUCCACACAGUUUGCCGCCAAAUUUAACAGUCCCACGAGAUCGGAGGUAAGUCGCAUUAUUACUAUACGCGUGCCGGUGUUUCGGCCGCGCGGCAACGACGUCCGGCUGUUUUCCGUGCCAUCGGCGGCGCGCGGUUAAAGAAAAAAGUAAAAAAAAAAAAAAACCACUCGAGUCGAGUUGAAUCGAUUUGCCUUUUUUUUGGCGUUUCUCACCAAAGCCCCCUCCCGCCCCCUCCUACCGUUUGUACGUUCAACGCGAUUCGGUCGGCUUGAACACGCGCGCGCGCGCGCGUUCUUGCCGACACGCAUCCGUUUUCGUCCGUCGGGCGGACGGUGAUCGUCAGUCCGGUUAUUUUGUUUUGCACGUUUCCGGGAGUUUCGGGAUUUUCAAGACGCGUCCUCCGGGAUUUCGCGCGUUUUCAAAAAUACGUUCAACUCGAAACGCACGACACGGCAAAUUUCGCGGUUUUGAUACGUUAACUUUGCACAACUGUUGUGUGUGUGUAUAUAUAUUAGAGCGUAUCAAACUUAAGAUAAGAUAAUAAGAACACAAUCUGCGCCACGCUGGCGAUAAUUUUUCGACAUUUUAAUUUCCAACAGCGAUACGAGCGUGCGAAUUAUCCCAGUUAAACAGCGCUCGUAUAUCACGUUUGAAAAUUAUAAAUAUUUAAAACGGAGUUGUUACUUUCCGAACGCAAAUUGUCCGUGUCGUACGUUCGCAAGAGCCUAUUUCGGUAGUUUCAAUGCGAAUCUGUACGCAUAAUACAAAACGACGCGUCCCACCAUGUUCGACGGGUUUUCCCAGAGCUGUUGAUAUUGAAUAUUUUUCGAUCGGUUUGUCUUCGUUGGGGGGAGGGAGAGGCGCAUGGAUUCUGGAAAAUAUUAAAUUUUUCAUUUUCACGCCCCGAGUACACGAAAGAAAUAACGUCGUGUGUUCACUUUACAAAAUUUUCAAAAAUCGGCCAUUUUUUAGGAGAUAUUGUUCUUAAAAAAUUGAACGUAACGUACACUCGUAUCCGUUUGGAUGCAGUUUCGUAGUAAUGUCCGUUUUAAUUUCUAGAAAAUAAAUGCGAAAACAAUUAUUCUAUUCAAUAGACUACUGUUGCGAUAAGGAAUAAUUACCGUGCGGCGGUCGUGAUUAUUAUUGAACGUCAAUUGUUUUCACGCUUUUUUCCAGAAUUUAAAACGGCCGUUAUUAAGAGACUAUUCGUCGGAUAUGAACGAUAAGAAACGCCUGUUAGAGAUAAGAAAAAAAAAAAAAUUAGAAUAUUAACGGCUCUAGAAAAAUCCGUCGAACGCGGCGGGACACACUGUGGUGUAUUAUAUUCGAAGGUUAUUUUAAGGCGUAUAAAUAUCCGCUUUAAUAUUGACACAUUAUCCGGUAUCGAUUCAACGUGGUUUUAAAUGUUUUUUUUUUUCAAAUACCGCAAGUACAGCCAGAUUGUCCUACGGCGUUAUUUGUUAUUAUGUUUUCUUUUCUUUUUUUUUUGCCAAUCGGGUUUUACGUGCGAUAGGAGGGAGACACGUUCGCAGAGGAAAAGAUUAAAGUCUUUAUUUUCGUCCCUUAUUAAUUGAAAAAAAUAAAAGUAUUAACUGUUUAUUUUCUCGCUUUUCAAAAUUUCCAAAAAAACGGCCAUUUCGCAAAAGAUAUCGUUCUAAACAUUUCUAACGUGACAUGCAUGUCACACGUCCGUUGAAAUAUACGUAUAGUUCCACGGUAAUAGCCGUUUUAAUUUCUAGAAAAUUGUCGUGAGAACGAUAUAUCGACUUUCAAUAACGCGUUACGCGAUUAGUGGUCACAAUCCUAAUUCCUGAUCUUCUGUUGAAUACUUUUUCAAGUCUAUUUUCUAUGCAUUACGACCACUGUAACUAAGAACAACUAUUUGGCCGAACGCGAACGUUAACACGUUUUACAAAAUGGCUAUUUUGCAAUUUUUAAAAAGUCGUUUUUUGUUUCUCCGGCGAUUAAGAGACGAAAAUAAAAAUAAAACGUGUCUCUGCACACUGUGCGUCCUGCCCGCCGCGCAAAACCCGAUUGAACAGAAAAAGAAAAAAAAUGAACAUUUACGGAGUUAUUUUAGCUAGCAUAAGGAUAGCGCUGUAGGAUAUAUACCCUGUAUAAAUUAAAUUAUACCGGAUGAUCCCAUUUAAGCGGGCGAACACUCGUUAUCUCGGAAAAUAUCGACUUUCCCCUGAAUUUGUUUUCUAGAAUAUUUAAGAAACAGGCCGCCCUACAGUUUUAAAAUUAACGAUAUUUUUCGGCGUAAAACCACUGCUUACUUUUGAUUUUCAAACGUCAGCCUGUAUUCAAAAGUCCCGUAAAUAAACGGAAUAUUAGUUUGAAACAGAUUUUGGUGUUGACGUUUUUGAUUUCCGUCGAUCCGUCGACGAGAUAUUGCACUUUUAAGUUCGGGUCGGAGGUGAGUAGUGGAGUGUCAUUCGCGCGGCGUGUCGACGACGCGCCGCCACUCAAAAUAAGGGUGACAAAAAAAUAACGCAAAUACGAAAUCGUAGUGCAGUUUGUUUUUUAAAUAUUCCGGAAAAACGUAAUACGUUCCGGGAUAAUGAGUGUGUGCCCGCUUAAAUAGAUCGCCCGGCGUAUUACGCCGUUCGGCCAAAUCCAUAAUGUCAAAAAUAUUGUCGCGCAGGCGGAAAGCAACGAGAGCAGCAACGAAGCCGCGCCCGAAAACCUGUCGCUGCCCAAACGACGGGACUCCAGUUCGCCGAUUGAACCCGAACGGUCCCGGAUGCCGUCCAACUAUCCCAGUUUUUCCAGCUUUCUGGAGACGAGCGCGGCGGCGGCCGCCGCGGCCGGGGCCAAUUCCGCCGGACGGUCGGCCGUCGACGUGCUCAGGCGCGUUUUCCCGUACAAGAGGCGCGUGGACAUCGAAAACGUUUUACAGAGAUGCAACGGCGACGUUCUACACGCGAUCGAACUCAUGGUAAGCAAACCGAACACGUAAUUUUACAUUAUUUUUCGGCUGCGCGGUUUUCGGCGAACAGUUUGUGUGCUGCUCGAUCACGGUCGAUAUCGUCGGAAAGUUUUGUCUUCCGUACGGCAUUUCACGAACAGAUAACCGCGGUAUAACCGAAGACGGGCAGUGGCGUGCGUGUAACCGGUGUAAGCGUUGCUCAUACACUUUUUCCAGUUGUAAAAUGUUUUACAGGUAUAUUUUUAAAUGAACGAAUUUAAUCCGUGGUACCCGCUGUGCGAUUAUUUGCCUCAGAAUUGUUGCCAAGUCGUGUUCUUUCGGAACACAAUGUAACGUCACUAAUCGUGUUCCAUUUAACAUCCCUGCGGCCGUGUUUCGGCCGCAAUAAUGUCUUUCACCACACAGCUUUUCAACAUCCCUAUCCGUACAAACUUAUAAUCAAGUACGUUUCGGAGACGUUUUUUUUCUAACGUGCCGAGAACCGCAAAAUCGUGUUUAUAAAACACCGUUGAAUACGAAAAUCCGAAAAACGCAAAAUAAACCGGAAUCUCGUGUCAGACGCCGCCGGGCAUUGAUGCCCUGUUUAUCCUAACCCUAAAAUUCACCCGAAUUCCCGUCCACUUCGACUACGCACCAAACCGGCGAAGAGUUGACUUUACGGCUGUACCUAUAAGUUAUCAAGUCAGUUUCGAAAUAUUGCAUUAUGCGUACUGUACAGUGACAUUUCGAUACCGCGGAACGGGGACUUUGACCGCCUCUGAUGAGCGGAGAUCGGUGCCAGGGGGAGGGGGCACGUUUCCCUUUCCCGCCACCUCCCCCCAUAUUAUUAUUAUUUUUUUUUUUUGUUUAUCGGUUAUUUCGGUUUAUUCUAUCGUUCGUGCAGCAGCAGGUCAGCAGAGAGCAGAAUGAGCGUAUAAUAAAUACGUAAAUAGGUAAUAAAUAAUAGUUGUCGUCAAUAGAAUAACAGUACGAUAGACACCUAGUUGGGCGACGUGUUUAAUCGUCCCUUGGAAAAUUCUUCCCAACAUUUAAACAGGCGUUCCCAAUAUUAAACGCGAUAUAAAUGACGUAUUGCCGAUACAUUAAAACGUGCCCAACUUUGUUAUUGUUUUUCAAUUGGACGGACAAUGUAUUCGUACAACAAUGUAUUAUACAAUUAUUGCUAUACAAAUAUUGUGCGUUACAAUAUUGGCGUUACAGUUUCACCCCGGUGUAAGCGCGCGGUGUUCGGCUACGCCUGCCUGCCGCCGUCGACCGAUGGAGCGCGCGCGGCUGUCGGACGCGCGACCUGUUUAACAAUUACACCCGUUCGCCGCCCCGCUCUGAGAAUCGUCGUGGCACCGCGACGGAACGGUCGCCCGGACGCGGGUCGAACUACACCCCGUUUUACCGGAAUUAAUCGAACGCGUAACGCGUUACGACGGGCAGACAACGUUGCCCGCUAUGCCCGGCCCGUCUUGCUCUUAACGCCCGUCGCCGGCGCGGGGCGACGUACGCGAUGUUUGAUCGUGACUCGUUUUCGACAUGUAUUCUUGUUGUCAUUAAUGCCCACCUUCCGUACUCCCGACGGCCGUCACGAUGUUAUUGCGUCGUCAAUUCGCACAUUUCACUGCGCUACUAUUGUAUGAUCGAUUACCUGUACCCGUAUGUAUUUUACUGAUUAUUAUAGAAAACAAUUUUCCCGAUUUCUCUAACGCGCCGCUCUCCCCUCCCCCCCCCCCGAGAACAAGAUGUGUGUUCGCCACUGCUCGCAACAGGCAAUAAUAAAAUAACAGUUAUAUUAUUUAUUUUUUUGCGGUUGCUCACGCCACUGACCACAUCACGCCACGCCACUGAUAGACGAGUAAACGUGUUUCAGACCUUCAUCCCCGGAGCGGUAUCGUCAAUAUCCAAGGUUAGGUUAGGUGUGCCAAAGACAGAGCCGGAUCUAGGAACGUUUACACCCGGGGAAACAAUUAAGAAAAUAGGCUCGACGAUGAUUUUUUUUUUUUUCUGUAGCGUGUUAAAUAUAAACGAUUAUUUAUAUAACCCUAAAUUUUUUUCUUUAUUUUAUUGCCAACACGAUUUAUUAUAAUCGGCUCACAACUCGUUUCGCAAUCUCGUAUCACACACGUGGUUUGCGUAUAGUAAUGUCAUGCGUUUUCAGGGGGCAGAAUAAGUUGUUCUGCGGGAUGAGGGGGAGGUAAUACAAAUUGCUCCGAUAAUCUGCUAAUUGAUGAUCCGAUAAAGUCGAAAAACAACGGACGAUUUGUGACAUUAUUGCGGUUUUGCGAAUCAAUUGUAAUUUUUCCAAAAUAUAACGGCCGAUAAGAAAUUAUUUAUAAGUAAGAAAAUUCAUCCUUCAAAAAGUAGAAGAGUUUGUAACCUUAGUUAUAAAAAAUAUCGGUCCUUAAUCCAGCGAAGGAAUAACUUGUGCCCGUCCAGGGAAUGCUAUACUAAUUUAGCAAGUUCGAGUUAACCGCAGUCAUCCGAAUCACGUUCAUAAUUAUUUAUUAAUAUAACGGGCUGGAGCCCGGUUUACGAAAGUUUCAUAAUAAAAUACAUCACGGUACACAGUAUCAGCUUAAGACUAAGUUACGGGUAAAGGUCGAUUAGUAGGUUAGGUCAAGCCCAAAAACUAAUGUUAAAAACGGAAAUAGCAAAUCAACCUAAAAGAGGAAUGACGGACCGGCAUUGGCCGCAGUACGCAUCAUCCUGUUGUUUGGAGGCUCGUUUCUCAAACGGUCGGUUGGGUAAUGCGGCGUGACGAAAAAUGUACAAUCCCGGCCGGUUCGAGUUGGUGCGUUAACAUUUAAAAAUCCAAGGAGGGAGAAGGAGAGUCGACCGAGCCAGAGAGAAGUUUUCGGGGAAAAGAUUUAUUUCGACGGCGACGACGACGAUCGGCUAUGGUUAUUGCGGUAUAGUGAACGGUGAACGGGGGAAUCGUCGUCAUUAUUGCGACCGGGACGGAGGCAAUUUACCCCCCCCCCCUCCUUCUCCCCGGUCACCCCGUUGGAAUAAACGCCCCGCCGGUUGACGGACGGCAAAUAAUAUUUCACCGCGUACAUGGUAAUUGACGAGGCCUACGGCCGUAUAACGGGGUGGGUAUAUUAUAAUAGUAGCGGUACAGGCGCACGCACGUCAUAUUCUACCGCGUUGCAGUGAUACAAAUUUUUUUAUUAUUAUUAUUAUAAUUUUUUUCUACUACUCGAAAAUCACAAUACGCGCGGACAAAUCGUUUUAUUCGAGAGUUUUUCGAGCACUCGCGGGUACGUCCCUCGGCUGGCUCCCUUCCGCGGGCCGUACACCACGCGCAACCACGCGGUAUCGCAUUGUCGUCGUCUGUUCGCGUAAUACGCGUGGUAUAUGUACGUUUGAGGUUUUUUUUUUUUUUUUUACCCCCCGUACACAAUAUACUCGCCUAUACGACAAUAACAACGUAUACGAUACGCGGUUAAUGCGUGCGCGUUGUACAAGUGCGAUCGUGUCGGAAACGCGCGUUUACGGGGAUCGUCCCUCCGCGCGGCCAUAUUUCGUAGAGUAUUCGCGUGAAUAGCGGUCUCUCCCGCACGUCAAAUUCUCUGAAAACACUACGGAGUUUGUGAGAAAAAGAAAAAAAAAACGCCUUAAACACCGAAAACCGCGUUUAAAAUGUCGAAAAAAUUCUAAAAAUCCAAAAUAAAAGUUUCGUAUUUUAAUUGUUCGGUAGGACACCCAGAAAAAAAAAAUGAAAUUUACAUUAUAAUCCGCACCAUUAUAAUAAUAGUAUAAGAAUCGUGGCCGAGCAACUUUUUCGAUAGUUCAUAAUUCGAAAAACCCUCCAAUUACAUUCUCUCCAGAAUAUCGUUCUCUAAAAAAUUCACAAUACUUUUACUCUAAAAUCAAAUUCAAGCUAGUUUUACUUAUUCCGCGUAUGCAUUGUUUUCGCAUGUUACCCGGCAGUCGGACUGAGACAGUACAGGUGCGACGUCUUAAUGUCAAAUUAUACGCCAGUCUCGGCCGACGAAUAGUCGGAAACGGCUCGACAAUAAUUCCGUUGCGUUAUAUUUUGUUGCGGAACACGGACAGACUUGUUGACGACCCAAAUACGUAAUUGGGAAACGCCGAGAACAGAACUCGAAACGCUAUAACAAUUACGAGGGCGAUGUCGAAACGCUUAACGCCCCAGCGCGUACGCUACUGCAGUGGGUUCGGUCAAAGGACCGAACACGACUCAAAGUCUCUUAGAAGUCGUACCACGUUUUGACAGGCGUUUACGGGUUCACACGGAUUUCGGACCGUCCGCGGAUGUCUGUUAUACUGGGAGGGAGAACGCGACUUUAAUAGUUUUCUGCGUGUUCGCUUUUUGAUUAAAACGUGUUAUGGUUCCCUGUCCUACACAAACCGCGUUUCACAUGCGUUCCCACCAGCGCGCCAGUGGCCAAUCCAUUUCGCGACGCCCGUCCGCAUCUCCCCCCUCCCCCUCCCCGUAAAUAUCGUCUAAACGGCCGAAAGCGUCGAAUAUUUGCAAUAUUUUUAACGUUUAUAAUAUUUAUGUAUGCAUACAUUACAUGAUGAAAUUUAUAUUUUACCAACAGCAAUCCCAGGCCCAUAUCAUAGACUAUACGGCCCGAUCGUCACGUGCGUUGUUUCAGAUGUGCUCGUCCGACCAGUUGCCCGCCAUGGCGCACCCGUCGCUCAUUGACUCGCACUCGGCCUUCUCGCCCAUGUCCGCUGCCGCGGCCACGGUUUGCACGGCCGCGGCCGCCAUGACGUCUUUCCACCAUCACCACCAACAGCAGCAGCAACAGCAGCAGCAGCAGCAGCAACAGCAACAGCAACAGCAACAGCACCAGCAACAACAGCACCAGCAACAGGCCCCGCGUUUCCUCACCGCGCCCAUCCAUCAUUAUUUACAACCGCAACUGCACCACCUCACCGCCGUCCAUCCGCACGCCGUCACGUACCAGUCGCACCACUUGAACGCGGCCGCGACCUCGCCCCGGUCGCCGUCGCCCGGCUCCGACAAGACCUCGUACUCGGACUGA